AUGGACACUGGCCAUAUACCCGCAACAGCCGUUCCGGACGAGUGCAAACUUGCAGCUAUCCAGUGGUACAUGGUGGUUGCUCCACCGGUCGACAUGCUCGCCGCGCUCGACGACGCACGAGCCAAGAGGGCCCUCACCUGGCUGCCGCUGUGGUACCUAGCCACGCUGGGCCCUGUCUGCGAGGCACAGGUGUCGCGCGUCCACACAUAUACCGACCUCGCUGCCCAGCAGUUUAAGCGUAUGUGUCAGCUGGCCACUGAGGUCCUGGAGACAUUCUACCCCAACAUGUUUGCCCGGGCCAAGGGUGGAACACGGAUGGGUCGGUGCAUCGACUUUCACGCCUCGCACUGCCUGACGUGCCGCACGGCUCCCUUUCCAGAGAGUGGUUUCCGUGUAGCCCCAUUGGAGUAUGCGGGGACCUUUGUGCUCUGUCGCUCACAGUAG